ACCACCAAACAUCUUACAUGUAUAUAUAUCCUCGUCAUCUCCUAGCUUUUGAUCCUUCACCUGCAAAGAAACGGCGCAUAUUAGCAAAUUGAGCGUAGGUUAGCCAAAAAAGAGAAACCAAAAGCAAAGAGAGUUUCCGAUUAGUCAUCGUGGGAAUCUAGUCAACGCCGUCCUCUUCUCCAUUUCCGAUCAUUCCCUUUACCAAAGGGCAUAUUUGGAAGUGAGGUGAAGUAAUAUGCUUAAGAGAAAGAGGAAUGGUACUUCUUUGAUAGAGAGGAAAGCACCUUCUUUGGUUGAUCUUUGUGUUAGUGUAGCAAUAAGUCAUGUAAGAUAUUUAGGAGAUGUUGGAGAAACCGAUUUACAUCUUCUUGAUCAAAUUUUACCGCAUUGUACAAUGGAUCAGUUGAUGCACGUAGAGAAGAGUACACAAGGGCGAGAUCUUAGUCCUAUAACUGAUAAAUUAUGGAAGACAUUCUAUGAGAAGCAGUUUGGUGAAAGAGAAGCUAAUGUUGCAAUUGAGAGGAUGAGACGGUAUAAAGUUUCCUUCAGAUGGAAAAAACUAUAUCAGGCAAAAUUGAAUGAAAUUGCUAAGAAAGAGGAUGAAGCAGUUGCUCGACUUCGACAAUCAUACAAGAAAGAGGAUGAUAAAAAACAAAGCAGGCAAAUUCGUCUUUGUACGAAGGUUCCACCUUCAAGUAAAAGGAGCUCUUUUGGAAGUAGUGGCCCUGGAUACAAUCUGUCUAACGUGAAAAGCAACAUAAUGAAGAAAUCAAAAAUAGAUUUUCUUAAGAGUCGAGAAGUGAAGAAUAUUGCAGCCAUGAAGAAAAUAUCUUUCCAAAGAAAUAAUAGUGCCACUUCGCUGAUGAAGCCAGGUGGUUUGUCUGGAAAUAAUUCUGCAUCAUCCUCAGGUGGUUUUUCAAAUAUUCAUUCUGCAUCAUCUUCUGCACAUACAAAGCCCUUCGGAAGGAGAUUGUAGGAGCAUAUGGUGCGAGGUUUUAACUGUUUAUGGUCUGAGCAAUACAGUAUUUAUUUGCUUCAGAUUGGUAUCCAGCUGCAAUUGGAGUUUGAAUAAACUGAUCGAACAUAUGAAGGCUGUACCUCAGCGUUGUAAGCUUGUAUCCUCUUCAGAUUUGUAUCUCUUAAUUUCAAUGUGCUUUUACACCCACCUUGUAACCUUCCAUUUUGAUGGAAAACUUUCUUAAUUUGUAAUAUAUUUUCUUCACUCUA